UUUAUCCUCUAUUUUUGAGAAUAAAGAGUAAUAGCUUAGAGACUGAGAGGAGAGAGAGAGAGGGGGAGAUCUUUAGAGAGAGAGAGAGUUAGGGUUAGGGUUUACCAUCGUUCGAGCCGCCAUCUCCCGUCACUGCAAAAAAUGCAAGGCGCAAUUCAAGCAAUCCGAUCACGUGGAAAUGUACUAAGGUCUGCUGUCCUUCAACAUGUUCGUAUUCUAAAUCCAGCGAUUCAACCGGCUAUCUUUUCACGCUCAGAUUCAGCAACUUCUGCUAAACUUGAAGAGCAUGGUUUUGAAAGCACGAAAGUUUCAGACAUUAUGAAAUCAAAAGGGAAAAGUGCUGAUGGUUCUUGGUUAUGGUGCACUACUGAAGAUAGUGUUUAUGAUGCUGUGAAAUCUAUGACUCAGCACAAUGUUGGUGCUUUGGUGGUGGUAAAACCCGGAGAAGAGAAAUCGAUUGCGGGAAUUAUUACCGAGAGAGAUUAUCUGAGGAAAAUCAUUGUACAAGGAAGAUCAUCCAAGUCAACCAAGGUUGGGGAUAUCAUGACAGAGGAGAACAAGCUGAUCACUGUAACACCUGAUACCAAAGUUCUCCAGGCUAUGCAACUAAUGACAGAUAAUCGAAUCAGGCACAUACCUGUGAUUGAUAACAGGGGAAUGAUUGGCAUGGUUUCAAUUGGGGAUGUUGUCAGCGCAGUGGUGAGGGAGCAUCGUGAGGAGCUGAAUCGGCUCAAUGCUUUUAUUCAGGGCGGUUACUAGACGAUGAUGAUGAUGAAAAGAAAUAAUAGAAGCUUGUUAUCGAACAGCAAGAGUUUAUAGCAGCUCUUGGAUCAAGCAGGCAUGUGUAAAUAUGUUACUUUUCUGAACUUUAUCCUGUUUAAUCACCCCAAAAAAAAAAAAAAAAGCUUGAAGACUGGUUAAUAAGAUACAUUGUCAUGACUA